AUGCGUCCUCUCCUGAUUCUCCUACUGGUUGCACUAGUUGCCCUGGUAGGCGCGGUCCCCGCAGGCUCCAGUAUCACGCCCCCGCCGCCCGUCGAGCCCAUUCAAGUCCUAUCGUCUCAUCCCUCCGAUCGCAAACGGCCAUGGAUUCGCGUCCGAGAUUGGGUCAUUGAGAGCAUAUGGGGCAUCCCCAAGUCAUCUUCCCAUGGCUCGUCCAACGACCGGUCCUAUGAUGGCUCUCCGCCAUCUCGAACGCUGGCCCGGUACGGCAGCGAUGUCGUCCUCCGCUUUAACCUGCGCGAUAACAAGGAGGCCGCGGCGCUGGCCCAGGCAACGGAUAUUCUGUUCUUGGAUGUAUGGGCAUCGACGUCGGAAUUUGUAGACAUCAGGCUGGCCGAGGAAGUCAUUCCUUCACUGCUAGGCCUUCUCCCCGAUAGCCUUCGAACCGCCUAUACCCCCCUUAUCGAUAACGUUGCCGACAUGAUCUACUCGUCCUACCCGACCCGUCGUCCCAUCGGGUUAGAAGGUCACCCGAAAUUCGGUCCCUCCCCUCAGCAAUCCGCGCAGGCAGGGGAUAUUCUGUUCCGCAACUACCAACCAUUAGCGGUCAUCGUUCCGUGGAUGCGCUUGAUGGCCUCCAUGUUCACAUCGCACGUCCGUAUGAUCAGCGUGGGGGUGUCGGCCGAGGGCCGCGAGAUCCCCGCGCUUCGGCUCGGCGUUAACGACGCCCGCAACCCCACGGCACCCCGCAAGACGGUCGUCGUCGUGGGGGGCACCCACGCGCGCGAGUGGAUCAGCACGUCGACUGUGAAAUUCGUCGCCUACAACCUGAUCACCAAGUACGGCAAGUCCAAAGCCGUCACACGCCUGCUGGAAGACCUCGACUGGGUCUUUAUACCGACACUCAACCCAGAUGGGUACGUCUACAGCUGGGAAGUCGACCGAUUGUGGCGCAAGAAUCGACAACGCACAAGCCUACGAUUCUGCCCAGGCGUCGACCUCGACCGCUCCUGGAGCUUCGAAUGGGACGGCGAACGCACGCGCUCCAACCCCUGCGCAGAGGACUACGCAGGCGACGAGCCCUUCGACGGCGUCGAAGCCGACCAGCUCGCACGGUGGGCAUUAAACGAAACACACAACAACAACGCCGACAUCGUCGGCUUCCUCGACCUCCACUCCUACUCGCAGCAGAUCCUCUACCCCUACUCCUACUCCUGCUCAUCAGUGCCCCCAACCCUCGAAAGCCUCGAAGAGCUUGGCAUCGGCCUCGCCAAAAUCAUCCGACAGACCACGCGCGAAAGCUACGACGUUACCUCCGCCUGCGAAGGCACCGUCACGCCCGCGAAGCAGUUCGCUCCCCGCGGGGAGCGCUUCUUCCCCGUCGGGGGCAGCUCCGGCGGCAGCGCACUGGACUGGUUCUACAACCAGCUGCACGCGGUCUACUCGUACCAGAUCAAGCUUCGCGACCGCGGCAGCUACGGCUUUCUCCUCCCGUCGGAGCACAUCAUCCCGACGGGGAAAGAGAUCUUCAACGUGGCGGUCAGGUUUGGUCAAUUCUUCGUUAUUGGCAAUAGCAGCAGUACCAGGACGGCGGGCGUUGCGGGGGACAGCGAUCCCAUCGACUGGGACGCAGACCUCUUCUACGAUGUUGACACUACAUCAUCGCCAUCCCACGAGCCCAACUUUGCGGGCGGCGAAGCGGAAGAAGAGGACUUCGAAGCGGAAGAAGAGGACUUCGAAGAGGAAUGGGAGAUGAUCGAAGAUGAAGACGACGAAGACGAAGAACAAUCCUAUGAACUCCGCCGACGUCGCUAA